AUGCUAUCCAAGUUGCUGUUCCUGGCCAUUCUAUAUGUGGCCCACGGAUGGCCAAAUUGCUCUACAAACGGUAAACACUUGAUUCCACACGAAACGGAUUGUGCUAAAUAUUACAUCUGCAAAGAUGGAAGACCAGUAGCCAAGAGUCAAUGCCCUCCGUUUACAUACUUCUCUUUUGAAGGUCAAAUCUGCAGCAAUCUUGCUAAAUCGGGGUGUGCGCAGAAGAAAUGGAACGUACAGAUUUUAAAUGGAAGGAGUGGAGAAGAUGGCAAGAACGGUCAAAGUUUUGGAGCGUACGCUCGUCUUUUUGCCUUAGGAAAGAAUGUACAGAUUUUAAAUGAAAGGCAUUCACAAGAUGGAAGGAAUGCAAAAGAUGGCAAAGAUGGUGAAGAUGGCAAGAACGACCAAAGUUUUGGAGGUUAUGCUCGUCUUAGCAACUUAGGAACGGAUGAUAUCUCGUACAAGGAGUAUUGGGGAAAUGGAGGGAAUGGUGGAAACGGCGGUAAUGGCGGGGCCAGUGGUAAUGGCGGCAGUGGUGGAGUCGGUGGCAAUGGCGGUCACGGCGGCAACGUUAUAAUUAAUUUCUUUCGAGGCAAAGAAGCGGUUCAGUACAUUAAGUUUCAAUACUAA